AUGUACCUGCAAAUAGAAGCUGGGGAGAAUCUGUCAAAUGUUUCAAUUUUCAUCCUCCUAGGAUUUGGGAACCUCCUUGAAUUGCGGAUUCCUCUCUUUGCAUUGUUUGUGGCCACGUACACUUUGUCUAUUAUUGGGAACCUCCUAAUUAUUUUUCUAGUUGCAGUUGACCGACAUCUUCACACCCCCAUGUAUUUUUUCCUCAUGAACUUGUCGUGCUUGGAAACUUGCUACAUUUCAACCAUCCUACCCAGGAUGCUCGCCAGUUUCCUAACUGGGGAUAGAUCCAUAUCUGUUAAGGCUUGCAUCACACAAUACUAUUUCUUUGGAUUCUGUGCAGCCACUGAAUGCUAUCUUCUAGCAAUGAUGUCUUACGAUCGAUAUUUGGCAAUAUGCAAACCUCUGCACUACACAACCCUUAUGAGUGACAGACUCUGCAUCCAAUUAGCAUUCACUUCUUGGAUGAGCGGCUUAGUGACCAACACUAUAAUCACUGGCUUCAUGUUACAGUUGACAUUCUGUGGACCCAAUGAAAUUGACCAUUUCUUUUGUGAUGUGUAUCCUGUGGCAAACCUCUCCUGUAGCAAUACCCACCUGGUGAAACUUGCUACCUUUAUUCUUGGCCUCAUGGGAACAGGGCCGCCUUUUCUACUGACUCUGGGCUCCUACGUCUGUAUUAUUCUCACUGUCUUACGAAUUCAGUCCAAGGCUACCCAGCAGAAGGCCUUCUCCACCUGCUCUUCCCAUCUCAUUGUUGUAACACUUUUCUAUGGGUCAAUAUUCCUUGUCUAUAUAGUCCCUGAAACAGAGACCCUCAGUGAGCUCCACAAAACAUUUUCUGUCUUCUACACUGUCCUGACUCCCACGCUCAACCCCCUCAUCUACAGUCUGAGAAACAGAGAAGUGAAGGAAGCCUUUUUCAGAUCUGCCAGGAAAUUCAGCAACCGAGUUUCAUAG